AUGCCUAAGAAAAGACACAAUAACAAAUACUCGAAACCACCUUCAGUAGCUCCGCCAUCACUUGCGCUGUCCUCCUCAUCGAGGACCACCUCUGAUCAGCAUGAACGUUCCGUCAACCAAAUUCUCGCAGAUUUGCGACGGACUAGCAUAAAACAAAAUGGUACCUCGAGUAACUUCUCCGUAGCGACUCCCACCGUUCCACCUUCGAUCCGCCAAAUCCUCCAAAUUCCCGAGACACCCGCUCCAGCACCCCGACGGCCUCAACGUUUCCAUGCGCAUGGUCGACGGCCACCCCCAGGCCCACCGCCACCGCGCAGUUGGGUAUCGCUGGCGCAGUCGCGGCAUGCCCCCGCAGACCUAAGAAGAGACCUUGGAGGACAUAUUCAACACUGGCCCUUACCGGGUAUCUACACCCCAGCCGAUGGCAGUUUCGUGGAUCGGCUAAUACGACGGAUGGCCCUAGAUUGGGAGCAGCAGCGGCAUUGGAAUCAGUUUUACUUAUAUACGUUACCCAGUCAAUUGCGGGCAGCCUUAAUCAGUUGUAUCUCGGAGCUUCAUGAACCAGGACUGUCUAUCAACGACCUGCGACUGAUCCUUGCUGGUCCCGCAGAUGAGAAGCUCGCGCAAUACGAAGUAGAAAAGCCUGAUUUGGAUAAACUAAACGGGGACGUGUUUUGUUUGGACCUGAGCGGUUCGGUUGGGAAGUCAAUACUAUUGAAAGAGUUAGGUGAACUAUUAUAUCCUUCAGUCGCUGUCGAGCUUGAUCUUCAGGAAUCGUGGGAAGCCCCAGAACCCAUUUCCGGGCCGAUUAAGCUUUUACCGAACUUAACACAGCUAUCCCUCGCAGUCGAGCCCGGAAAUGCGCCCGUCGCUUCAUGGAAGCAGCUACUUUCGUUAGCUAGCAAGUUACAAACACUUACGCAUCUCGACCUGUCUGGCUGGCCGGAACCAUCUCUGACACCAAAUGCAAAAUUUGCGAAGAUGGCGUCACCGUUAACAGGAAGAACCGUUCAGUAUGGCGGCACCGGGCCUUAUAGUCAUAAUUUAGACGGCGACUGGUCGGAAGCGAUACUAGUGUUGAAGCGUCUAAGCAAGUCUCUAUAUAGCCUGGAGUACCUCGAUUUGACCGGCUGUGGGGAUUGGUUCCCAGCAUUGAGAGAAGAGUCAGAUGGAGAUUUUACUAUCGACUUUGUUGACUGGGUGGGUGAUUGGGGGAAAAUCACAACCCUGAGACUUUGUUCCGGGUAUGCCCUUUCGGACUAUUCAUUAGAUGGUCAAGUCCUUCGGUUUGCGGAUUGGAUCGAGUCUGCGACAGCAGUAGAAAAGCAUAUCAGAGCACAGCGGUCAGGAAGGGGACGUUGGAUUACCGUGGAGAAAGAUGCCCUUACAGACGGUGAGAUGGCGAUUGUAGAGAGUCAGCGACGUGGAGUUUUAUGA